CGACUAGCACAAUGGCCAAAGCCGCUGCCGCCACCGACGCCCCGGUCGUCGAGACCCCGAUCCUGAAGGAGAAGAAGCCGCGCGCCGCCAAGGAGGCCAAGCCGGCCGCUCCCAAGGUCGUCGCCAAGCCUGCCACCAAGGCCGCUAAGGCCGCGCCCAAGAAGAAGGCUGCCGCCGUUGCCAAGGCGGCGCCCAGCACGUCGUACUACGACUGCAUCAAGGAGGCCAUUCUUGCCCUCGCCGAGCGCAUGGGCUCGUCGCGCCAGGCGAUCUCUAAGUUUGUCCAGAACACGAAGGGCGACAACUUCCAGAACCACUUGCUCAACAAGGCCCUCAAGGCCGGUGUUGAAAGCGAGAAGCUUGUCCAGAUCAAGGGCUCGUACAAGCUCGCUGCCUCGGAGAAGAAGCCCGUUGCUGCUAAGAAGAGCGCGGCCAAGAAGGCUGCUGUCGAGAAGGAGACCAAGGUCGUCGUCAAGAAGGCCGCUGCCAAGAAGAGCGUCGCUGCCAAGAAGGCGCCUGUGAAGAAGGCGGCCAAGCCCGCCGCCAAGAAGACGGCUGGCAAGAAGGAAGUCGCCAAAAAGACCGUCGCCAAGAAGGUCGUCAAGAAGGCUGCGGCCAAGAAGACGGUCGCCAAGAAGGUCGUCAAGAAGGUGGCUGCCAAGAAGGUCGUCAAGAAGACCGUCGCCAAGAAGUCGAAGUAAGGCGACUGUGCAUGUUCACGGACGCCUCGCCGCGUCUACCCCCAAUCGGUGUUUAUAAACACCACCCAAUAUUUAUGGAAUUUUGGUGCA